CUUCUAGACUACGCUUACAGUAUCGCAUCACAGGAAUCCAGUGAGGUAUUAGAUCGGAUCGGAGCAAUAUGGCGGAGAAACGAAAGGUCAAAGGUUUAAUGGAACGCCUGCGCGAUGGUGAGACGGUCAUCUGCGCGGAGGGAUAUCUCUUCGUGUUCGAGCGACGCGGCUAUUUGACAGCCGGCUCAUUUGUGCCGGAAGUAGUUCUGGAACAUCCGGAAUUAGUCCGGCAACAGUAUGAGGAAUUCGUCCACGCCGGAAGUGACGUCGUGCUGGCGUUUACGUAUUACGCACAUCGUGAAAAGAUGGCACUGAUUGGUCGAGAGGACGAUCUGGAGCGAAUCAACAAGCACGCUCUGCGCAUGGCACGUGAGGUGGCUGACCAAACUGGUACUCUGAUGGCUGGUAACAUCAGCAACACCAACAUCUUUGUGGACACUGUGCCCAAUUACCGAGAGAAAAUCAGGCAGAUUUUCAAACAAUGUUACAGCGUCAGCGCUAUGCAGUCUGUGAAUGAGUUCACAUGA